UGUGGACACGUGUGCAGUUUGUCUCUUGCCUUGAUUCCGCACAUUUUAUGAGUCUGUAGGGUUUUCCCUCGGUAGAAUGUCUAAUGUUCAAGAUUUGCCCAUAGACAUCCACAGUGGAAAGCUCUUGGACUGGCUGGUUAGUCGACGGCAUUGUCAGAGAGAUUGGCAGAAGAAUGUACUGGUUAUUCGAGAGAAGAUUAAGCAUGCUAUUCUGGACAUGCCAGAGUCGGAUGAAGUGGUGAAGCUUCUACAAGGAAGUUAUAUCAAUUAUUUUCACUGCCAACGUAUAAUUGAAAUUUUGCGCGAGACUGAAAAGGAUACAAAAAAUUUCUUGGGUUUUUAUUCGUCACAGCGGAUGAAGGAUUGGCAAGAAAUAGACUCUUUAUACAAGAAAAAUAAUGUAUAUCUGGCCGAGUCUGCUCAGAUACUGCAACGGCUUGUCCAGUAUGAGAUUCCUGGCUUGAAAAAACAAAUAACCAAAGCAGAGCAAGCACUCACGGACAGUGUAAAGAAGGAAAAAGACUAUUUGAAGCAAGCAGACGAUGGGCGAAAGCUGUACGAGAAAGAGUUGAGUCGUAUAGGGAUCCAGGGUCAUGCUCUUCGGGCUGAAUUGCUAGCCCUAGCUGCCGAUCUUCCAUCUUUUUUUGCCCAAGUUACUGAUGACAUUAUACAUCUCAAAGAAGCACGCGACUAUUACCUCCAUUUUCGAGAUUAUAUCCACCAAGGCAAGAAACUGCCAUCAAAAGUCCUUCCUCUUCUUUCGUUGUUAUUGGAAAAAGGAGCGGCACUCACCGCAUUUGAGUUCAAGUAUGGAACUGCCCCGUCAAGAAUCGAGACGCCAUCCUUUGACCUAUUGUUGAAAGAGGAUGAGAAGAAGUCAGAUGGUGAUGAAAUUGACUUUGGAGAUGAUGACAUUGAUUUUGGUGACGAUAUAGAGGUUGACUCUUCUGCGGUUGUUGCCGACAUCGACGUUGUGGCCGAUACCAGCGGAGCUGUUGGAGAAUCUGUCGCUCGUGGUGAAGACGCUCUGGGCGUGAUAGAAAAUCCGGACACUCAGAAGAUUAUCAAGAAUGAGCUAAGCGAGUUGUUAGCUUUCCUAACUAUGCGCAAGGAAGAUGAAGAGCGGGAGACAUCUUCGGACAUGUUCAUCCGUGGAUUUGAGAAAAGACCAGCUGAUGUCGGCAAGGUGACACUUGCUCAGCUUGGAGAUUGGAUCAGUAAGAUAAACCUGAUUCUUAGCCAGCUGUCGGAUCAGCAAAAAAUUCAUCUUUUCCGGAUUAGAUCUUCACCGCAGUUUGUUGAAAAGCUCGUCGAAGAAAUUGAAGCGAAGCGAGGGCUAGAGAGUCGAUAUAAGAAAAUGGCUGCCUUGAUGGUUGAGAAACAAAAGGAGGCACAAGAGCAGACUGCUAAGGCUGGUCAAGAAUUGCAGACUGUUAUCGCUUCCACGAAACAGCUCCAGAAACAGCUUGAAGAGGAAAUCUCAAAAAAGUACGAUGGUCGAAGGGUCAACAUCAUGGGAGGCAUAACCGCAGCUCUUGCCAGCCGUUAAUUUCGCAGUUUAUGAUGAUUUCUGAGAGAUUCUCGCAUGUUUAUUUUAUGUCACUUCUUUUUUGUUAUCAGUGGUCCUUUUCUAAUUUCAAAGAGAUUUAUUUAUUGCUGUAUAAUCCUUAUCUGUAUGUAACUUUUUGAACCGUCUCUUUUCUAUUUAUGAUAGUGAUCAGAAAGCGUAAACAUCUCUCAGUUAUGAUAAACCUUGAGGUAUUCUAUAUUCACUUCUUUUUGUCUCCGC